UAAAUUGAUCGUUUCAACUUAUAUAAAAUUAACAGCUAAAAUAAUUUAAUAAGCACCAAGAAAGUAUUGAUUUGUAUCCUAUCAAUAGUUUAAGAAAAAAUAAUCUAUUAUUUAAACCUCUAACAUUUGUCUUUUUUCCCAUAAAGGGAAAUAUAAGCCGACAAAUUUUGAUUUUCCGCAUGUAUUUGGAAUUUGUCUCGAAUCUUUUAAAUAAAAAUGGACGGUAGUAUAAAGAAGACUAGAAAGCCAAAUCCAAGAGAAGAUGCCUUCCCUCUAUCUGCAGCAACCUUUUGUUAUACCAUACCAACUUUUGUAAACGGUUUCAAACAUGAUCUGGAAGAGAACGAUCUCACAGAAACUCUAUCCGAACACAAAUCCUCGCAAUUGGGCAAUGUUAUGGAAAAAUACUGGAAAGAAGAGGAAUGUAGAGCUCUAAAGAAAAACUCAAAACCUUCAUUAUUAAGAGUUUUAUUCAAAGUUUUUAAAUGGGAGUUUCUAUUCUAUGGUUUCGUUUUAUUUCUAUCAGAAGCUAUAAGAAUUAAUCAGCCUAUAUUUUUGGGGAAUUUGGUUUCGUAUUUCUCACCACCUGAGAUUAAUUCAACCACUGAUCAGUUUCGGGGAAGGAAUAAUUCAGUCAAUGAAUCGAAUAAUUCAAUAAGUCAACCGAUUUUUUUGGGCCAGCUGUUGCAAUUUUACUCGCCAACAGAUGUGGAUAUUACGCAAGUACAAGCGUAUUGGUACGCCGCUGGAAUUGUUGUAUGUUCUUUAGUAAACGUUCUAAUAAGCCAUCCUUACAUGAUGGGAAUUUUACACUUCAGUGGUAAAUCUGUUGUCAAACGAUGUAAAUAG